AAAACCUAGAGAUAGAGGAAAGUAUUCACUCCGAUAGACAGACACUUCCGGUUUUAGAACGACUUCAUUAAGAAUCAAAGCUUGGAAAGGCUGUAACUCUCCCAAACUUUCAGGGCGUCUGCUAGAAUGCGACAGAAGCCCCGCCUAUGUUAGUGUCGUCACCACAAGGCGACACGUCUUAUUCUCCCCCAUUGACACUAUAGUCAAGGAGCUUCCAAAACGUUUGUAGGUGACGUGACAACAUCAUCAGUCAGAGACAUCCUCAUCCAAAGGCUUUUUGACAUCUCCGAGGGAUUGAUUGAAGAGAAUCAUGGCAGCUGUGGGCUUUGAGGAAUUCUCGGUGCCUCCUGGCUCUGAGCUGGCCCUCCCUCCUCUUUUUGGUGGCAAUAUCCUUGAGAGUGAACUAGAGACAGAGGUAGAGUUUGCUGAUGGUGGAAUAGCAGAAGAAGAGGAAGAGGAAGGUGUCUUGCGGCAGCAGGAGAUGACACGACGCAAGUGCCAGGCACUAGCACGGCGCUGCAAGGAGUUGGAACAGGUGAAUGAGAGGAUGUUAAAUCGGUUGCAUCAGGUUCAGAGAAUAACACUGCGACUGAAGCAGGAGAGAAGGUUUCUCAUGAGGGUGUUGGAUUCGUAUGGCGAUGAUUACAGACAAGGCCAUCUGGACAUAGUCUUAGAGGAUGAAGGGGGCCACAGCCCUGAUGCUCCCACCCCCGGCAACACAGAAAAUGAACCCCCUGAAAAGGACAUGCCCAGGUGCCCCCCAGGUCCUCUCCCUGCCCAUGAGCCUGAGAGCCUUUCUCCAAGUGAAGGCCCCACCACCAAGAAGCGGCGGCGCCACCUGCGAGAGGAAAAGGAAGGGAGAGCACGACGAGUAGCCCAAACGUUAUUGCCUAUGGAAGAAUUCCCUGCACAGGUUAAGUCUGAAGAGGAGUUCCAGUGUGAGCAGGAGGAUGUCCUUGCCUCCGCCUGGCAGCCAUCCAGCCCCCGAGACAAGCUACUUCAUUACCCUAAGUUUUCAAGUCCCGGGGCCUGUUCUGAUUUUGACUGAGGCCAGCCACCACUUGCCUGAACUCUAAAGGAGAUUCUAAACAUCACUUACAUCUGUUGCUUCCCACCAAUUUGUCAGAUGACACUGAAGGAGCACACACUCAUUUUCCAGGAACAGAAUGAGAUGGAGUAUAGAAAUUCAACACACCUACUGCACACCAAACUCAAUUCCACACCAAGUGGAAAAAUGGCAGUAUGAAUUGUACCGGGACAUUUAAGAAAUAGCCUAGAAGUCAGUAGUAGAACGGAAACCACUAUGUAUACUGAGUAGUUUGCCCCACUGUAACACCUUCCCAGUGUGUGGGAUUUCAACUCCUGCUGUUGCCAGCCAGCAUGUCAAAGGCAGAAAACAGUAGGAGCUGUAGUCCCACAUAGCUGGAGAGAAUAUUGUAUUAAAUGAAGGGAUUUUGUUUCACAUGUCUGAAAUCUUAAUGUAGGAUACCAGGUGGGAAUGGGCACUUAUUGGCCAGGUUUUAUGUAUAUUUAAUGUUGUAGUGGAUGUGUUGGAAAAGAGAGUGCUGCUGCUUGAGUCAUUAAGUGUUCAGUCUCUCAUCUGUUGUCCUUUUUGUAAGAAAUGAUGUCUAAACAAAAGGGGAGGUUGUAUCUGGCAUCCACAAGUUCCUCUGAGAAAGUAGCUGAGGAAACAUCAUUGCUGUUCCAUGUGAUAAUGUUCUCUAGAGACUUGCCUUCUAACAGCUAAAGUCGCUGCUGAGGGAGAACUGGUCUCCAAUGGCCUUCAUUGUCAAGGCAAGAUUCUAAGGUGUGUCUCCUGACCAGUCUCACUAAGGACACAUUAUUACAGACAUUUGGAUUUAGCUCCCACUGGCUGUGGAGGUAUUUAUUCCCAACAAUACAUGAAAGAAUCCCAUCCCUGGCCUGCACUGGUUGUUUGAGUGGAAGUGAUGGGACCUGCAAUCCAGCAUCACUGGAGAACAUCAGCUUUGGAAGAACUGGCAUCAUGGCGGCUUGCAUUAAACGAGUCAGUUCCGUACCAAUAAAAGCAAAGCUUUGCAGCCUG